AUUGAUUGCACUUUUAUUGAUUUUAUGUACAAUAACGUCUCAAAUUUAAGUACCGUUCCGGAAUAAACAUGUUGAUGAUCUGUAUAACAGCUGUGCUCUUUGUGGUUCCGGCGAGCGCAGUUCUGGAGACAAAUCAUCUUGUUCAAAUUGACAAUGAUGGUCGUAAAGUGGCGAUGGAUGUUACAUAUGACUCGGACAAAAACACCGUCCAUGUUGUAAUAGGGGAUGUUUCCAUGUACGAAGAGGGUAUCCAGUCUGUGAAUCUGCACGAUUAUAAUACAGGCUACGGGAUAUUAAAGAAUAUCAAUGACAAAAUAUGCCUUCUCGGACGUGCACCAUUCCCAAAGGCAACCCCUGAGAAAUACAGAGUCGGGUUAACUCAUGAAGUGCAUGACCAUUUGCUGGACAUCAAUACUACCAGACUAUCACAUGAUGAGGUAAAUGCUGUUGCGGGACCAAAUAUUGCCGCCUUCUGCAAGACAUACUCUACGUAUUAUAUGACAGCGACCCCUUUAGAUAGAAACGCCAGAGCACUUGAAACUCCAAAUACCGAACCUAAAGUACAGAACGGUUUUGUGAAAUAUUGGUGCGUUAUCUCUGGCUGUAUAGUAGACAGAAUCCAGUCUCAACAAAUAUUGCAGAAUAAAUAAAUAAAUUGUUAUUUAUACUCUAAUAAAGGUCGUGUUGAAACAGA